AACCCUAAAAUAUGGAAGCGUAACUUAAAGCAACAGUUAUCUAAUCAUCUUCUCCACUUCCUUUGGCCAAAGCCCUAGGUCGCAGUCGCCAUGGCCGUAAUAGAGAAGGAAAAGAAGCCACAUGCUUCUCAGGAUGAAGAAAAUAAGAAGAAUAGGAAGCGAAAGCGAAACCGAGCGAACAAAGCUCGAGUCACAGAAGAACCAGAGGAAAAUCAAAUUGAAGAAGAAGAAGUUGAAAAUGAAGACGAGGAGGAGAGAGAAAUCGAGAGUGUGAAAUUAAAGAAGAAAGAGAAGAAGAAAAAGAAGAAUAAGAAGGUGGAGAAUGAGGUGAAGAACAGUGAGGAGCAGAGUGCUGAGGAAGAGUUGGAUGAAGAAGACACGAAGAAGGAAGAAGCGGAGGGAAAUGACAAGGAGGAGAAGAAGGUGAAGAGCGGGAGUGGCAUUAUGAGUACAGAGUCCUUCGAAUCUUUAGGAUUAUCUGAGCCCACCUUCAAGGCUAUUCAGGAGAUGGGAUUUCAGUAUCUAACUCAGAUUCAAGCUAGAGCUAUUCCGCCCCUUCUAAUUGGCAAAGAUGUUCUUGGUGCUGCAAGGACUGGUUCUGGGAAAACACUUGCUUUCUUAAUACCAGCUGUGGAGUUGUUAUAUAAUGUUCGUUUCACCCCUCGCAAUGGAACAGGCGUUGUUGUCAUUUGCCCUACAAGAGAACUUGCCAUACAGACUCAUGCUGUGGCCAAGGACCUUCUCAAAUACCACUCGCAGACACUUGGCUUGGUUAUUGGGGGUUCUGCUAGAAAAGGAGAAGCAGAACGUAUUGUUAAAGGGGUAAAUUUAUUGGUUGCAACCCCUGGUCGUCUUCUUGAUCAUCUUCAAAAUACGAAGGGUUUUAUAUAUAAGAAUUUGAAGUGCCUCAUGAUCGAUGAAGCAGAUAGGAUACUGGAGGCGAACUUUGAGGAAGAAAUGAAACAAAUCAUCAAGCUUCUACCGAAGAAUAGACAAACUGCUUUAUUUUCGGCAACUCAAACUAAGAAGGUCGAGGAUCUUGCCCGCUUAUCGUUUCAGACAACGCCCAUCUAUAUUGAUGUGGAUGAUGGAAGAACUAAGGUCACAAAUGAAGGUUUGCAGCAGGGCUAUUGUGUAGUGCCUAGUUCCAAGAGAUUUAUUCUUCUCUACUCUUUUCUAAAGAGGAACUUAUCGAAGAAAGUAAUGGUCUUCUUCUCUUCAUGUAACUCCGUAAAAUUCCAUUCCGAACUUCUCAGAUACAUUCAGGUCGAAUGUUUUGACAUCCAUGGGAAGCAAAAGCAACAAAAACGAACCUCUACCUUUUUUGAUUUCUGCAAAGCAGAGAAGGGGAUAUUGCUAUGUACUGAUGUAGCAGCACGUGGACUUGAUAUUCCUGCUGUGGACUGGAUAGUGCAGUAUGAUCCUCCUGAUGAACCCAAGGAGUACAUUCAUAGGGUUGGUCGUACAGCCCGUGGAGAAGGAGGAAAAGGAAAUGCUCUGCUUUUUCUGAUUCCAGAAGAGUUGCAAUUUCUGCGUUAUCUGAAGGCUGCAAAAGUCCCUGUUAAAGAAUAUGAAUUUGAUGAUAAGAAGCUAGCAAAUGUUCAGUCUCAUCUGGAAAAGUUGGUCAGUAACAAUUAUUAUUUGAAUAAGUCUGCUAAAGAUGCAUAUAGAUCCUACAUAUUGGCCUACAAUUCACACUCUAUGAAAGACAUAUUUAAUGUCCAUCGCCUUGAUCUGCAGUUCUCACCAAAUAUGAAGUACGGACACUUCAAUCUUGAAUGCAUACCGUAUCAGAUACUGCUCCCAACACAUCAAUAUGACAUGAAACGACUUGCUUCCAGUACCUGGGCGGUUGCAUCUUCAUUUUGCUUUUCUUGUCCACCAAAGGUGAAUCUGAACAUUGACAGCAGUGCCUCCAAAUUUAGAAAGAAGGCACAUAAAGGAAGUCGAAAUGGAUUUAGCGAGAGCAACCCUUAUGGAAGGCAGAGGGAUGAAGAAGAUAAACGACAAUUCGUAAGACAUUAGCAGGAGGUAUCUCAGCAAGCCACAUUAAUGUACCUUGAUAAACUGUAAUUUAGCAGUACCAUGGGCAUAGUGGUCCUCCACAAAAAUUUUGUUUGCUUGUUUGUUGUGAUCUGCUCUGAUGUUGAUUAUACAAUCAUUCAUAGCAUAAUUCAAAAUUUUUUAAUAUUUUGUUUUUUGCACUGAUAAAUUUUAUCGACCUUAUUAAUGCGCCUAUAAA